AAGUCGGCCAUACUCAAACAACCGCCGAACGACGAACGGUCAUCAGCUAGAGCGAAUCCUCGAGGAAAAGUAAAGAGCGUGUGCGGCACCGAGACAUCAUACACAUAUAAUACAAUCAAAUAUAUAAAUAUAUACAUACAUAUAUAUAUAUAAAACAUUAUCAUUAUAAUUAUAAUAUUGCAUUACAUGAACACGGAGUGCGGAGACACGGGUCUAUGGAACCAGGGUAUGAAAUGAAAGAUUUAAUUUAAAAAAAAGUAAAAUAAAAAUAAAACCCGCGAAAGUGGUAACUGAAGCAACGAAUUAAAAAGUUGUAAUAAUAAACUAAUUAUUUAAAAUUGCUGGUGGUUGUAGGAAUAGAUGCGCUCAAGAAAUCCAACGAUAAACAUUUUGUUGUUGUACUGUGAUAAGUCUGGUGAACUAUUGCGCAAGUUGUCGUGGUUGCCAUUGGAACAACGGUGGUGAUAUAUAUUUAAUCAUCAUCCAUUAACAAGGUUCAUAAAAUAUAACUACGUGUGUCUUAAAUUAUAAAAUAAUUAUUUAAAUAAAUCGAGGAUAAUAACGACGGUGACGUAAAGUGGCAGCGGGAUGAGCACCAAGGCGUCUGUUAAUAGACGAGUCCUGGCGAUUCAGGCUAAAAAAAAAAGAUACAAGCCAACUAAACGAAAGGGUGCUAAGUCGGGUGGUAAUUCACAAGCUGACACUGAUAAUUCAUCGGGAGCACAUUGUUCUAAGACAUCAUCAGCUACCGCUGCUCGGCAGGGCAAUCAGGAUGGCAAUGGCCAGAGGCCGUUUACUGAUAAUGGAAAUAGGUUAGAACCAAGUCAUAGUUCAAGUAAUGAGACAAUUGAAGAUGAUGGGGAUGACCUUUAUAGCAGCGAAGAAGAAGAAGAACAGGAAGACAGCAGUGAUUACUGUCAUGGUGGUUAUCAUCCAGUUAAAAUAGGAGAUCUUUUUUUAAAUCGUUAUCACGUUACGCGGAAACUUGGCUGGGGACAUUUUUCAACUGUCUGGCUCUGUUGGGAUUUACAAGAUAAAAGAUUUGUUGCACUGAAAGUUGUCAAGUCAGCGUCACAUUUUACCGAAACAGCAUUAGAUGAAAUAAAACUACUGAAGGAUGUACGCGAUACAGAUCCGAAUGAUCCAAAGCGUAAUAAAACAGUACAACUACUGACGGAUUUUAAAAUCAGUGGUAUUAAUGGGUUGCAUGUUUGUAUGGUCUUCGAAGUGUUGGGGCACAACCUUCUUAAGUUAAUUAUUAAAUCAAAUUACCGCGGGAUUCCGCGCAAUAAUGUCAGGCGCAUAAUCAGGCAGGUCCUUGAAGGUCUUGAUUAUUUACACAAUAAAUGUAAAAUAAUCCACACUGACAUUAAACCCGAGAAUGUAUUGAUAUGUGUUGAUGAAACUUAUAUAAGAAAAUUGGCAUUCGUAGCAACGGAAUUACACUCUCUAGGUUUAAAAUUGCCAGUAUCCUUGGUGUCAACAGCACCGAAAAAAUUUCAAGAGCCGACAGUUAAUUCUAAAAUGUCAAAAAAUAAAAAGAAACGGUUGAAGAAAAAAGCUAAAAGGCAAAACGAAUUGUUGAAAAAACAAAUGGAGCAGAUUGAAGAACUAGAAGAGAGAUCUAAAAAUAUUAAUAACACGCAGAACGGAAGCAAUGCCAGUGGCAAUGGUGAUACCAGUGGGGGUGGCAUGAGUGAGACCAAUAGUCCAACAACGGACCCGGAUCAGAACACCGAGAGUAUUGAUGACAACACCGAAAGCAAAGAAUCACCGGAUAUAUCUGAUCCAGUAAUUACUUCACCUCAUCGAGGUGUCAAUGGAAUUGUCACUGAUUCAGCAACUGGCGCAAGCUCAGACAAUAUGGAGAACACAUUGUCAUCAUCAUCAUCAGAUAACAACAAAUCAUUAGGAUUAAUAAAUCAAGAGUCGACUGCUGGCGGCGCUCAAAUUUCUGGUGGUGAUAAAGCCUGUGGUGACGGUCUCACUUCAGCUGCUGGUGACAUCAAUACUGGUACUGGUACUGGGGGUAACAAUGCUAGUGGUGGUGGUGGUGGUGGUGGUAAUGGUGGUGGUAGUGGUGCCGGUCCAAAUGACCGGGGUGAUGCGCGUACUAUUAAUCCCGCGGAUAAUAAACAUCCUAAACGUAUGUCCGUAGCUCCACUAGAUCCAGCGCUUGUUGACUGCGAUGUUGAAGUUAAAAUUGCCGAUCUAGGUAACGCGUGUUGGGUUCACAAAAAAUUUACCGAAGACAUUCAAACAAGGCAGUACAGGUCAUUGGAAGUAUUGUUGGGUGCUGGGUACAGCACAUCAGCAGACAUUUGGUCAACAGCUUGCAUGGCUUUUGAAUUAGCAACUGGUGACUAUUUAUUUGAACCUCACAGUGGCGCUGAUUAUUCUAGAGAUGAAGAUCAUCUAGCUCACAUUAUUGAGUUACUUGGUGAAAUUCCUCGUCGUAUUGCACUGUCUGGAAAAUACUCAAAGGCGUUUUUCAAUAAAAAAGGCGAAUUGAAACACAUAACUGGUCUCAAACCAUGGGGUCUGUACGAGGUAUUGACUGAAAAAUACGACUGGACAUCCAGCGAAGCUCGUGAAUUUGCAGACUUUCUUACCCCGAUGCUUGAAUUUGAUCCAAAUGUACGCGCAACUGCCGCCGAAUGCCUCAAACACCCGUGGCUCCAGAUCAAAUGAAAUGAAAAUAAUAAUUAACAAAAAGAAAAGAAAAUAA